ACCCAAUUCCUUACGAAAAUUAUUACAACGGAAAGGCACUGCCACCAAGUCGCCCGCAGGCUGGAUUGCCCCCAGUGGGUAUACUCCCAAAACAAACUCCCGCACGACCGCCAAUAAAACCGCCAUCACCUACUAGACCUCCCCCUAGAACCAAUGUGCCAGAUGACGACUUGUACGCUACAGUGGAUAAUCCGGCUCCAGAAAGCAACCCCAACUCCCGUAAGAUAUACCUUAAAGUAGUGCGUGAUCAUCAAAAAACUAACUCUUCGUCCGUCUCUGAGAUAUCAGCAAGAGAGGGUGAUAUUCUGGAAUUCCUAGGAGAUUCAAACAUUCCAGGCUGUGUGAAGGUGAAACACCACCGAAAUGUAGGCUACAUACCUCGAGCGUGUGUGAGAGAAUACAACACCGACCCCGUUCUUGUGACAUUUUAAAAUGUGAAUGCGUAAUUGUGACCAUCUAAAAUGUGAAUGUGAAUGCGUAGUUGUGACAAUCUAAAAUGUGAAUGCGUAAUUGUGACAAUCUAAAAUGUGAAUGCGUAGUUGUGACAAUCUAAAAUGUGAAUGCAAAGUUGUGACAAUCUAAAAUGUGAAUGUGAAUGCGUAGUUGUGACAAUCUAAAAUGUGAAUGUGAAUGCAAAGUUUUGACAAUCUAAAAUGUGAAAGUAUAGAUGAAGAAUACAAGAAAAUAGUCAAAUUACAUGUUAUUUGUGAAAAACAUUGCAGCAUCGAUUGAAUGGUUGAUCUCCAAUCCAUAGAAAAUACAGCCAAAUAAAACAUAAUGUAAAUUCAUUCCGAAACAAAGCUUUACAUCAGUGUAUUUAGAAGGGGCGGGGUUUGGUAUGCGGCUCAAUUUGCAAGCUUUCGUGUUUUUUUUCUUUCAAUCUUUAUUCGCCUCUCUUUUAUAAAUAUUUCAAACUGCAUAUAACGUGUGCGUGUGAUAGGCUUAUGCUAUAACUUGUUAUUCCUCGAGGUUUAUAGAAAGGAUACGUUGGAUUUACGUCACUGCUGUAUAUAUAUAUUUUAAUAUAUUGUGGAAUAUUAUAUUUGAUAUUAUCAUGACAUUAUUUUGUUUACACUUUAAGCCACUAAGUGCGCUUCAAUAAAAUAAUAAAACUGUA